AUGCAGUCAACAGUGGAACACAUUGCCAGGUUUCAAGUUCAAUGUGGAGAGGCUGGGACCAUUGAUGGCCUAAAGUUAAGGCUAUUUCCCAAUUCUCUUAUUGGGACAACCUUUACUUGGUACAUCAACUUGCCACCUAACUCAGUGCAGACCUGGGCACAGUUGGAGGAAAUUUUCCACCAACAGUUCUAUAGGGUAGAACCAGAAGUGACGUUGGCAGACCUGUCAUGCUAUCGUCAAAUCCAUCUCGAAUCUACGGAGUCCUAUCGCUUACGUUUCAAGACUACUCGAUUUAAAUGCAAGAUUGUCCUUCCAGAGGUCGAAUAUGCCUCUCAUUAUGAAAAGUUCUUGGCAGAGGAGCAGGACAAGAAGACAGCAUCCAAGGGAACGUAUUACUGUGACCCUAAUUACAGAGUUGCUGCAGUGGAAACUGAGGCAGAUCCAGAUGUGGCGGUGGCUAAAAUCAUCCACAAUAAGCCAUACAGUUGUAAGGCCUUUGUCAAGAUGGAGCCAACGAAGCAGCCAAUCCAGAACACUUUUAAUAGGCCAACCAGGGCCUAUACUUUUGAUGUUGGCAGGGCUGAGGCUAUCUUUGAUCAACUCCUGGCCUACAAGCUGCUCAAACUACCCUCUUUGGCCACAAGAUUCCAGCUCUGGAAGAACUGA